AUGUCGACGAGUCCUUCAACCUCUGGGAUCGUGCAAGCUGGGGUUGCCAGUGGUGCCACUAGAGCCGCUUUAACACAACAUUUUGCACUUCAGAAUAAUGCAGCAGAUAUAUCGGCCAAGGAAGGAAGCCAAGAGACAGUCGCAACAAUGAUUGGGAUGGCUCUGGGAAUGCUUCUGGCUCGCGUUACAGCGGGUCACUCAGUGGCUAUUUGGUUUUGUUUUCUCUCCCUCACAAUAUUUCAUAUGUAUGCAAAUUACAAGGCUGUCCGUUCUCUGUCUCUUGCUACAUUAAAUUCUGAAAGAAGUUCAAUUCUUUUGUCACAUUAUAUGGAGACUGGACAUGUUCUUAGUCCGAAGCAGGUCUCAGUAAUGGAGCAUGUUUUGCCUCUGUGGAUGACUUCGUGGACCGAAAAUAAUGUAGAGUAUUCACACCAUCGGGUACACUCAGGUGUCCGGAUUUCUUCACUUAAUAGUGAUGAAAUGUAA